AUGGAGAAGGAUAAAAAGGAUAGGAGGGAGGAGGAUAAGGAGGGGGUUAAGGGAGAUAAAGGGGAGGAGGAUAAGGAGGGGAGAGAAGGGCGACGAGGAACGGAGCAGGUAUGGCUUGGAAGGGAUGGGAAAGCUUUCGCGGAUUUGCAGUUUUCAAACCUUGAGUUGCUGCUACCGUCAGCAAGAGCAGCGGGUAUUUACUUUGUGCGCCGACCAGAGGGGUCGGAAGCAGGGGAGGACGAGGGGGGAGAAGCGGGGGAGGACGUGGGGGGAGAAGCGGGGGAGGACGCGGGGGGAGAAGCGGGGGAGGACGCGGAGCAGCACGAAGAGGAGGAGAGGGAAAGGAAAGAGGAGGGGGAGGAUGAUGAGGCGUGGUCGCAGUUGCGGCAUGAGGCAGUUGCUCUAAGCAAUCACACCUUUCAACAGCAUAAACGCCACAAGGGAAGCCAGCCAUUCACCUCGCCUCACUUACACCGUCCUAUAUCCCAUUCUCCCCGGCGUCGGCUCAUCAUGAGCUGGCAGAAGGAUGACGUGUCGUCUGAGGGUGACGCGGCACCCCCCUCACGGCGGCGCCAGCUCAUCAUGAGCUGGCUGAAGGACGCGUGGGUGCGCAGCGUGGCGUUCCGCCUGAACGGCGACCCCCGGGAGGACCGAUUCCUGGUGGGCAGUCAGGCGGACCAGGGCUACCAGUGGCAGUGGACGGACGGGGUGGUGGGACCCAGCUGGAGAAGCCCCUUCGUGCAAAACCUCUCUUUGGAUAUGGAUGCCCUAGGCUCGUGCGCCAAGGUGCUGCCCCCCGAAGUGUUUGACGAGCCCACGCCCAUCCUCACCCCCACGCCAGUCACAGGCGAGCACCUCGCAACGCUCUCCUCGCCGCUCUUCGACCCACAGCCCCUCCCUGCAUAUGCUAACGAGGGGCUUCAAGGGGUGAUAGAGGAGAUUGUGAGGAGGAAACGGUGGGGCGAGGGUGGUGGGAGUGAGGGUGGAGGAAGAGGAAAAGGGGGAAUGAGAGAGAGUGAGGGCCGUAGGGGGAAGAGAAGGGGGGAGGAAGGUGAAGGGGUUGGGAGGGGGGGUGAGGAGAGGAUGCAUUUAGGAGGGGAGGAGGAGGGAGGGGUAGAAGAAGGGAGGUCCGUAGGGAAAGAGAGAGGCAAAGAGGGAGGGGCAGAGGGAGGGAGAUGGGGUGGUGGUGGUGGGACAAGGCGCAGGCUGGUUGGGAGGAGAGUGGGGGUGGAGGAGGUCGGAACACCCCAUUCGGGUCUUCUUGGUGGUGGCGGAGAGAAGGAGCAGAGCAAUGCAGAGCAGAGAGAGGGAGGGGGUCUUGCAGGGAGAGAGCGUGGGAGCGGGGGGCCAGCAGCAGAAGCAGAAAGGGGGGGUGAGGAUAAGGCCUCUUCUGUUGAUAGCGAGUCAGCUUAUGGAGAGGAUGGUGGGGAGAGCGAGCAGGCGGGCGGUGCGAGAGUGAAGAAAGGCACUGGGCUGCGGCUGCAAUUCGACGUGGCCAUUCAGAUCCGCACAGCCACCAACUUGGUGGAGCAACCUUCAUGUCACAAGGCUCCCUCCUCUCUUUCUAACCUUCCGUCCCUUCUAAUCAUCUCGCCCUCCUUCCGUUCCACCAUUCGUCCCCAUCCCCUCCCUCCGACCACCAGCUUGGUGGAGCACCCCUCAUGCCACGAGGCAGACAGGGAGUGUGAGCACGAGCAGCAGCAGCUGAGGGCAGCAGAAGCGGCACACAUGCAGCAGUUUCUCACACCCGACAAGUGGGCCUGCAUCACGCGCCUCCUCCUCUUCCUCCGCACCCGCAAGUCCGGCAUCAAGCUGCCCAACCCCUCCAACAACAACCCCGAUCCCUUGCUCUCCCUGCUGCAGUCCUUGGCUGGUCGGGCUAGUCAGGCUGGUCAGGGAUUAGUGAAGGAAGAGGGUGGGCGAGGGUCGAAAAGAGCGCGCGGUGCUGGGGAUCUUGGGGAUGGGUUGGAGGGGAUUGAGAGCGGUGCUUUGUCUUCUCUGAAGCCGCUUUCCGUCUUUUUGGCAACGGACAACGAGAACCUGCGGCCGCAGUUUGUGGAUAAGAUCGGGCCGGUGGCUGGGGAUGUCUUUUUCUCCACUGGCGCUGUCACUCACACGUCAAAAAGCGGCGCUGCUGCUGCUGCUGCUGCUGCUGCUGCUGCAGCAGCAGCAACAGGAGGAGGCUACGCUAACGGCAGCAACUGCGGCGCGUGUUUCCAGAUGCGGUGCACCGGCCACCCGUCGUGCAAGCCGGGGAUCAUGACAGUGCCCGUUACUGUCACGAAUAUCUGCCCGCCGAAUGCGCCCGGCGGGUACUGCGCGAAGAAUAAGCGGAGCAUCACACUGCCCAAUCCCGUGUGGAAUCAGAUGUCGAAGGAUCCCUCCGCCGGCGUUGUUCCCGUGGAGAUUAAGCGCGUCAGGUGCCGGCGCGUGGGUGGCGUCGCAUUCAAUAUCACUGGGAAGGAGUACUACGUCACCGCCUUGCCUCUCAACGUGGCCGGAGCUGGCGCCUUAAAGCGCGUUGACAUCUCGAUCGCGCGCGGCCCGUGGAUGGCUAUGCGCAAGAGCUACGGCGCUGUGUGGGACCUGCCGGGCCUGCCCGUGGUCGGCAUGUCGCUCUCCUUCCGCCUCUGGCCCGCCCUCGGGACUCUCCCGCUCGAGGCGUGGGAUGCUGUUCCCGCGAAUUGGCUGAGAAAAAAAAGCCUCCUUCUCCUCCUGUGCUGCUACGUGUUCCCCGCCGCACGUGCCGCCGCUUUUCCCGCUCCGCGCAGCGCCGUGCCUCCUCCCCCAAGUGACGAUCAACGUAACGCGCGAGUCCCACCUCUACCUUCGAAAGAACUACCCCGCCAAUCAGCGCCUUUCCUCCGCCGCGCAUUUCCGCGUCUUUCUCCCGUCUUCCAUGUCUUCUCCGCCACCACCACGAUGGGCAAGCAUACAGCACGGAAACAUCUUGAACCGCUCCCCCCUGGUUCCCCUUGUCCUGCCCCCGCCAAUCCCAUUCCCUCGAUCCCAUUCCCUCGAUCCCAUUCCCUCGAUCCCAUUCCCUCGAUCCCUUUCCCUCAAUCCCAUUCCCUCGAUCCCAUUCCCUUGAUCCCAUUCCCUCAAUCCCAUUCCCUCGAUCCCAUUCCCUCGAUCCCAUUCCCUCGAUCCCAUUCCCUCGGCCUCUCCACCCCCCACAGCGCCAUGGUAACAAAGAUCGUCAACACCAACAACGUGUUGGUCAUCGGGAUCGUCAACACCAACAACGUGUUGGUCAUCGGGGUGAAUUUCAAGAUAAAAUCCACCGCACUCCACCCCUCCCCUCCACCCUCCCACAGCGCCAUGGUAACAAAGAUCGUCAACACCAACAACGUGUUGGUCAUCGGGGUGAAUUUCAAGAUAAAAUCCACCGCACUCCACCCCUCCCCUCCACCCUCCCACAGCGCCAUGGUAACAAAGAUCGUCAACACCAACAACGUGUUGGUCAUCGGGGGCAACGUGUACGGGCGGGUGGAGGUGGCGAGAGCUAAUCGCUCGCGGGUCGACUCAAUGGAUGUGCUCGUGAAGGCCACCACCAGCCCGGAGCCAUUGUGUGUGGGAAUCAUGCUGUACCGAGGGGCAGUGGGAGUGAACGUGGCAGGCAACCGGCUGUCGCACCUCACCGUCGCAAGCCUUCAUCCCCCCCUCUCUCCUGCUUCCCGUUUCGAUCGCAGUGUGGGAAUCAUGCUGUACCGAGGGGCAGUGGGAGUGAACGUGGUGGGAAACCGUCUAUCACACUUCACCCUUGCAAGCCUGCAACUGGGAUGGGGGCAGACGAACGUGGGCGAUGCAAUGCUCACCCUCGUUGCCCACAACGACAUUAUUCAUAGCUUUGGGCAGCUGGGGGAUUGUUCGGGUAUUUACCUCGGCACGCACUGGGUGAACCCUGGAAAUAUUCUCCGGUGCAACUACGUUCAAGGGGGUGGGCACUGCCUGUAUUUCGACUGGGUGUCGUCGGGAGUGAUCGUGGAUGGGCUCGUGUGCGUGCAAACUGCAGAUGGGCUGAAGCUAAACACUGGGAAGAAUAACGAGAUUCGGGGAAUGGUGGUUAUAGACAGCAAGCAGCCGCUAGCAGGGUACAUCUCGUGCCAGAAUUACGGAGUGAACAACUGUGACAAGCCCAACGGGAUCAAGUGGAACAACGACCUGCUCACCUACUACCAGACGCCAGGGAUCAAGAAGGUGAGCCGCUGUGACGCCUCAGAGGUUUAG